AUGCCCUACGAGCUCAGAGGUACGAACGAGCAGAGGGAGGCACGGAAGAUCGAAACUCGGCUCAACUUCGACUGGCUUGGAAAGAGCUGGAUCCCCUCCGACAUUCUCGAAAUCGAAGAAGCCAACAUCUCUCCCAUCAUCAACAUCGACGCAAGACUCACUGUGCUUCUCCACUUGAGAGACAUCACGAAGACCGCCAAGGCCAGCAGCAUGAGACUUUCCUAUCUUUGGAGUCCUGAAGGUCCUCUCCGUGAGGCUUAUGAAGAAGAGAACUCUUUGACAAGCGAAGAAUUCUGGAGGAUUGCGAGACAAAACCUGGCGGAGAGUGAAGCUCGCGCCAACUCCUCUUCCUUGAGCCUGGCAUCGACCAACGACACGAAUGACAGCACUGCUAACAAACCGGCCCAUUGGAAGCGACGCAUUAUCAAGCUACGAUCAUCUAAAACUGUGCACGAGCAAGCGCAACCAGUCGAGGCGCCGAACCCAACUCCCAACCCCAUCGACCCAGACCCAGCAACGAUCUCCCCGGGCUAUCUCAUCGAAAAUGAGACGAGCACUCAACUCAGGCAACGCCUCGGCGCGCUGGCGUCCAAACUCGACAUUGUGAAGUCUCACAAAGAAUACCUGGAUGCCAGAAUCGCGAGUUUGAAGCAGGCAGUCGAGAACCUCGAUGACUUUCGAGGCGAACUGGGAGCAACUUUCGACACCUACCAGGCUCGCUUUUCGACUCAAUUCUCUCACGGCAGCGCCAUCGGCAUCAACGAAGUGACGGAAGUGGCGGGCUGUCUCGAUACGAACGAAACAAGCGACUUGGCAGAAUUCUUCCGGGAUGACUGUGCGCAGUUCAAACGGAAACUGGAAGCACAUCGCGCAGUGUACAAGUGUAGUAUCGACGAAGCGUACCGUAAUUUGGCCGAGGUCAUGAAGGAGUCGGAGAAGCUCAACGUGUAUAACAAUCUUCUGAAGGAUAUUUGUCAGUUGAAGGAGAACAUGGAACGCAACCCCGGUGCUUGGAAGAUGUGA